AUGAAAUAUUUGAUAGACGGACUAGACUAUUAACAAUUUCCUAUUCCAAAAUAUGAUAAGUCUGAGAUUAUAGGUAAUAUUCUAGCUACUGGGUUGUUUGUGAUAUAAUGGCUGUACUUCUUAAUUAAAUACUACCAUUUGCCAGAAAGUAUUCCAGUUUAAUUUAAUUUAGAAGGAUAGCCAGAAUAAUAUGGGAAUAAAACAACCCUAUUUGUUUUUCCAGGCGUAAUGACUUUAAUAGUUGUAAUAUUAACCAUCUUAGAGCGUUUUCCUGAUAGAUUUAAAUAUUCUUUGCGCUUGGAUGAAAAUAAUGCUCCUACAGUUUACAAAUAUGCUCGUAAAUUCAUAAUAUAUAUGAAAAUAGUGACCUGUGCAUUGUUUCUUUUUUUGAUCAGCCAGAUGAUUAGUGUUGUAAACUUAAAAAGUAAGCCUAAGGAAAUGUACUUUUGUUUUUUAUUUGUGCCAGUCUAUUUAUUCGGAGUCUUUGUGUACUUCAGAUACAUGAAAAUAAUUCAAAAUAGACAAAAAAAAGUAACAAUUUGA